UACAACGCAGACCGAUGGCAGCAUCCAAACCCCAUCUCGCCUUGCUCCUCGCCGUAGUUCUGAUCGCCGCCACGCCGCAGCCUUCGGCGGCCGUCAGGGCCAAGCCCCCUGCCCCCUCCACCAGCAACGAUCCAGUAGCAAAACCAUCGGCAUGGUGCAUUCCCUGCUUUUCGUUUCUACCGCAGUUAUUCUGUAUACCACCGAUGUUCUGUCCACCAACGCCAAGUGCGCCGCCGCCGCCGCCACCACCAUCGAAGCCGCAGCCGAAAGAGUGUCUACCAUCUUUGAAGGGACUCAUGCCAUGCAAGGAUUACCUCACGAACAGAACCGCGCCGGCGCCUCCAAAGCAAGGCAAGUGCUGCGACGGCCUGAGGUCGCUCUUCCAGAACGCCCCCAUCUGCCUUUGCCGCAUAUCGGAGAACCGCGACCUCGACAAGCUCAUGUCAGCACCCCUGGAUAGAGCAAACUUCCUUGGUCUGGAGACAAUCUGUAACGCGGGUCUGACUGAUUAUGAAUCUUGCGAAGGACCCGUGCCACCGCUGAGGGCCGCACCAGCCCCUGAAGCUGCUCCAUAAUUUGGCAAUUCUGCAGAGUCAUGAUCGUAGUACCAUAAUAGAAACAAGUUGGAAGCUAAAGCUGCCGUACGUCAAGAUCCGUUUAGUAUUAUUAGUAGAAGAUAUAUAGCGCGAAUUUUUAGUAGAAGAUAUAUAAUGUGUCCGACCUCUCUUCAUAUUUUGGACCAUCAGAGUCGAGAACGACUCCUUUUCAAGAAGGGAAGGAUGAUGAGGACACCACAACCAUUGACAAGUCUCCAACAAUUAUAGGUCCAAUCACAAAAAGUCGAGCCAAACAAAUAAGUGACCAGGUGAACGCUAACUUAAGUUUACCUUGUAACCGUGAUGACACAACUAUGCUUUCAUUCCCAUUGUUGUUGGUUGAACUUAGGUAUAACAUGCAAGCAAUCCAACAACCUAUGAGCUCUUGAAGCAACCGCUUUGGAGGAACAAGUUUGGAGAAAACAAGUUUCAAGUGAAGCUGAUGCUGUCAGUUUUUUUCUCUAAUAUUUCGUUGUGCCACACCCAUGAAGUGAAGAGAUGGGGCCAUAGGGGUACAUCAACAGAAGCUACAUCAAAUUAUCUUUCCAAUGCAAAAAACCUCACAUCAUUUGGAGUUGUGAGUCAAAAGUUCUAGUCAUUCUCGUGAAAGGUGUCCAGGCUCUCAACGCUUCGCGAAUUUCCGAGGAGCUCUGCAACAACUCCCAAAGUUGACUGCUUAUUCAUCCAAGGAAGCCAUGCAAACAUGCUUACUUUUGAAACCAUUUUCACACCUAGCUAAGGGGGGUUGUCCCUACUAUAAAACCCCAUCUCCCCCAUCCUCUAGAGGGGCCUUUUGUCAAA